CUUUUUCAUUCAAAACACAAUGGCCGCCAAAAUCUCAGAAAAUGUGCUAGCCUCCGUUUUAGAGCCCCCGGAGGUCGAUGCACUGUCUGAUGAGGUUAAAUGUAAGCUAGAAUCAAAGAUCAAUAGCCUCCAAAGCAGCGUUGAUGAGUUGAAACAGAAGAACGAAGAACUUCUCAUUGAUAAAGAGCAACGAUGUUUCAACUUGGAGAAGCAGCUUAUAUCGAGCACUACCAAGAGGGAGGAAUCGGCCAAAGAAAACACUGAACUCAAGCAACAGUUAAAAGAAUUAGAAACAAAAUACAAUGAGACGACUACCAACCUCAGAGAGGUUAACAAACGUGAGCAAGAUUUUGAGAAAAUACGGCAAGAACUUGAGCGCAGUAAUGCACAGCUAAAACUGGAGAAACAAGAUGUCUGUGAACUGCUCACCAGGAAAGAAAGGGAAAUCACACGCCUCAACGAGGAGUGGUCAUCGAUGUGUGAAAAGGUGGCAGCAUCCAACCAAGCAAAAUGUGAAGCUCUUGCACAACUGGAGGAGUUCCAAACUCAAGAAGUUACAUCUAAGUUCAGAGAGAAGCGCCUGGAGCAGGAGAAAGAACAACUCCAACAGCAAAACACUUGGGUGGAUCAACAGCUGCAGGAGAAAACAUCAGAGCUGCAAAACUUCAGGAAAGAAAGGUCAGCCAAGAUUCUAGAGUUGCAGAGUUUAAUACAGGAUAAGGAUGAUGAGAUCAAGCAAUUGACUGACAACCUUGAGGCAGGACGAGUCAGCCAAGACACUCAAGCAGAGAAGAUACAAGACUACAUGGAAAGACUGAAGAAGUCCAGAGAUAACCAGAGCAAGAUUGAAGAACAAUACAGAAAUGAGCUACAAGCUCAAACUAAACUUGUCACUCUUUAUAAGGAAUCUGCCGAAGAGUCAGAGAAAAAGAGUGAGGAGCUGAUAUCAGCCAUGAAGGAAUUACAGAGAUUGCUCAAGGAAGCCUCCAACACCCACACUGAUAUAGAACAAGAAAGGUUGGACACAGCUAAGAAAUAUCAAGACCAAAUUGAUAAAAGAGAUGUGGAUAUCACAAAGCUAAAGAAUGAACUGGAAGUAGCAAAUGAGUUACUGGAGUCUCGGAAAAAAGGAAUGUUGGCUCUGACAGAAGAUGAUAUCGAAGCUUUGGCCCCAACAGCUGCUGCAACAAGCAAACUGCUCAAAUCAGGAAAAACGCUGAGCCAAGUCUACUAUGAGCAUGUGGAGCUGUCUAGGUCUUUGGAUAAAGAAAAACAAGAAAACAAACGACUUAACAAUUACAUGGAUAUGAUAUUAGAGGAGAUAGAACAGAAAGCACCUAUGUUGGUGAAACAGCGCGAGAAUUACGAGACAUCACUCACUACAAUCGAGAACUUGACCAGACAGAUGGAGACUGGAAUGCUGGAAUGUGAGAAGCUGCGUGUGAAGGCAGAUGAUGAAUUCAGACGUAGUAACCAUCUUGGUAGAGAGAAUGAACGGUUACAACAAGAGACUAGGGAUCUAGGUCAACAGGUGCGUAUGUUACUGAAGGAACUUGAAGAGGCCAGAGGUACAGUGGUUAGUAAGACAGAUGAGGAUAUGAAUGUAUCUCACAAUGAAGUCAGCAGUUCAUCAAAUCUCAUUAGUGAGAAGCUUGUCACAUUCAGGAGUAUAGAGGAGCUUCAGGAACAGAAUCAGAGACUUAUAGGAGUAGUGCGGGAGCUGAGUGAAAAGAAAGAGAAAGAGGAAAUACAAGCCUCCUCUGACCAGACUAAAGCAUUGCAGCAUGACUUGGAGGCAGCCAUGUCUCAGAUUGAGGAGAUGAAGUCAGCCAGAGGAAGACAAGAGGAGAUGGUGAAGUCAAUAGUGAUGCAGAGAGACAUGUACAGAGUGCUCCUCAGUCAGUCAGGGGGAUCUCCACUUCCACCUAUCCCAAUGCAAUCAUCUACUCCUGGACCAAUACAAACCCCACAAACACCAGUGACCACACCCUCACAAGUUCCCACCCCCUCAAGUGCAGACAAACGAAAGCUAGAAGAGACUACCACAGCAUUAAAUCAACUCAAACGAGAAUUUGACACAUACAAAAAGGAUAAGGGAGAGAAUUAUAAGAUGAUUAAUGAACAGCUUGAGAAGGUCACCAAAGAGGUGAAUGAAUUCCGUGUCCAAAAUGCAAAAUUAGCAUCCCAACUUGACUUUGCCACUGAGAGGUACAAGAUUGUCCAAACCAACAAUGAAGGUUUUAAACGAGAGAUUGAUGGUCUUAGAGAGAAGAACCAGAAAUUCCAUACAGCGAUUGGCAAACAUGAACAGACGAUUAAUACACUAAGACAAGAGGUUAUGUCCAGCCAGGAGAAUCUAGCCAGGGCCCAGGUGCAGUGUGAUAACCUACGUGCAGAAAAGCAAUUGCUCAAGACAGCCGAGGAACGACUCAUUCUGGAGAAGGAAUCGCUUUACAGGGAGCAGAGAUCUCAGAAUGUUGUAUUGGCCAAUUUACAGACACUACAGAAUAACCAAGAGAGGGCAGAGUUUGAGAUGAAGACAAAGUUGAACCAGCAGCUGGAGACCUAUGAGAAGGAAGUGAAUGUCCUCAGGAGGAAAUUGGAGACCACAGAGGACCACGGCAGGGACAUGACAAGAGGUCUACAGAGAGAACUGCGUGAUAUGUCAGAGAAGCUACAGCAGGAGAGAGAUAAGCACUGUAAGACUAGGGAGGAGCUCAUUGAUGCCUUUGCCGAUGUACAUGCCCUAAAACAAAAGUUGUCUGAAAGUGAUGCGAAACUUGCAUCUGCUGAAACUCACUUGAAGAAUGUGACCGCUACCCGAAAGAUUGCCCCUGACCUAGAGCUCCCUACUCCCCCAGCAGCAGGCUCACAGGCUGCUCUACACUUAGAAGAGAUCAGUGACCUUAAAGUACAGCUGAGACAAGCUAAUGAAGAGAUAUCAAACCUGAAGGGAGAGGUGUCCAAGAGUGAGGGUCUUGUCGCCCAGUAUAAGUCCAUUGCACAGGACAUUGAGGAUAAUCUGAAGGAACAGAACCAAACCAGCAAGCAGUUCAGUUCUUCCUUGGAGAACAAACUCCAAGAGGCACAAGAAGGUGUGACUAGACUAGAGAAACAACUAGAUGUAGUGGAGAAGGAGAGACAGAAUCUACUCAACCAGAAUAUCAAGCUCAAUGAGGACAGCCAUGCAUUGAAUGCUGAUCUAAGGAAGCAGUGUACCUCCCUACAAAAUGAACUGGAGGAGACUGCAAGUAGGAGGGAGGAAGCAAUUAGGAAUGAACAGCUAGCAAGGGAUGAAUGUAAUGCUCAACUCCAAUUGGCCACUGAGGCCCAGUCCAAAUAUGAGAGAGAAAUGAUGCUGCAUGCAGAGAAUAUUAAGGCCACUGCUGAAGUAAAACAAAAGCUCGAAGGGUUCAACAGAUCAUUAGCUGAGUCGGAAGACAAGAGAACCAAGGCAGAACAAGCUCUGGCUGAGUCUAAGCAAUCCUGGGAAGAGCAAGAGAAGAUCUUGAAAUCUGAGUGUGAAGCAAGCAAACAGAGGUGUGAGACAUUGGAGCAACAGAGCUUACUCUUACAUGAGCAAUUGGAAGCUUUGAGUAAACAGCUGAGUGCAGUGAGAGAGACCACAGACAAGCAUGACACAUCCUAUGGUUCUUUGGACCUCUCCAUCAGUGAGGAAAAUACAAAAUCAUCAGAGCAGCUUCUUCAAGUUAUCAGAUUCUUGCGUCGUGAGAAGGAGAUAGCACAGACCACAGUGGAGGCUGUUGAGGCAGAGAGAACAAGGCUGACGCAACAGGUGGAACAACUCAAUGCUAAUCUACAGCAAGCUACAAACUCACUCAAUGAAGAAAGAAAGAGGUCGGUGGUGAAUAUGCAGUCUUCAGCGCAACAUGCUGAGCUAAUGCGAAAGGUGGAAAAUUUGAAUAUUUUAACAGACAGUAAUCAGUUGCUGAGAGAAGAGAGAGACCAACUUAGUACACAUGUUAAGGAAAUAGAAUCUAAGAUACAAACCCUGGAGUCCAAACUAAGCCCUCUAGAAGAGACCAACCGACACCUUACAGGCCAGAAUGAAGCUAUACAGAUUGAAAAUGAGAACCUGCGUGGCGAGGUUGAGCGCUGGAAGGCCAGGACCAAUACACUGGUAGAACAAAGUAUGAAGAGUGACCCGGAGGAACACAAGAAACUAGUGGCUGAGAAAGAAGACAUGCGAAAGAAGUUGGCAAUGUCCACAGAGGAGAUGCAUAAGAAUAAAGCAGCCUUGUCUCGUGUCACUGCAAACAUGAAUAAAUUACAGUCAGAAUUGCAAUCAUCCAGACAGGAGUUAACUAGAAUUAAAACUCAACAUGGCAGUGAAACAAUCGCACUCAAGAACCAGCACAACAAUCAAGUAGCAGCACUAAGAACUCAGCACAACAAUGUGCUGACCUCCCUAAGGAAUCAACAUACAAGUGCAAUAAACACUAUUAAGGCCCAACAUAAUACAGAACUUAACACAGCUAAGAAUGAACAGUCUGGUGAGUUAACUACGACCAAGAAUGAACUGACGACAUUAAGAAAUGAAUCAAACUCAUAUAAACAGCAAAUUGAGAAACUCGUGAAGGAGCUGAACACAAUGAAGAGUGAGAGGGAAACAGUUAAGGCUGAGAAGGAGAAAGAAAAUGAAGAAAAAACAAAGACAAUAAAUCAGUUAAAGAAAAUAGGCAGAAAGUACCGCAUGCAGGCGGAGGAUAUCCAGAAAGAGAUGGACAAACUGAAGGCUGCCCAGCAAACCCAACCUCCCUCCACAACUGAUGCAAACUCAGAGGCUCUGCAAGAACAGACGAAGGAACUGGAGCAGAAACUAAAGGAUGCAGAAGCAAAGAAUGAGGAGCUGACUAAGAAGCUGACUGAGAUGAGCGAGAGUGAGAAAGAUGCAGAAAACAAAGCUAAAGAGUUCGAGGCAAUGGUGGAAGAGAGAACUCAGAAGCUUAAGGGUGAGAUGGAGGAACUGCAGACAAGGUUAAAGACUGAGAACCAGAAUCUCACACAGACCAUAGAUCAGUUGAACAAAGACAUAAAGGCCCGUGAAGAGGCAGAAAGUAAACUUCUUGCACAGAAGACAGAAUUAGAAAAGAAACAAGAAAGUUCCAGUCGUGUCAUGCAGACUGUCAAAGUAAAAUUGACAACUAUGAAGGAUGCAACUGACCGUCUUUCUGCUGAGAAACGUAAACUGGAAAUAGAGAAUAAAGAGUUAAAAUCAAAAUCUGGAGCAACGUCAGGUGUGCCAGACUCGAAGAUCUCAGAGUUUGAGGCUCAGCUUGCUGCCAAAUCAGCAGAAGUAACAGCAGCAAAGUCAGUAGAGACUGACUUAAGGAGACAAUUAGAAACCCUACAGAGACAGAUAGAGUCUCUCCAGAGGCAACUAGAGAAUGUGAAACGUCAGCCUCCUAGCUCUAGUUCAAGUGGACAAGUGGAGCGAAUUGGCACUGUGGCAUCAGAACCUCCACCUACUGCUAAUAUACGGCCCACCAUUGCCCCCUCCAGCCAGACCAGGCACCCCAAUCCAAGCAGUUUGCAAACAGCCUCUAGCAGGGCAACGGCCAGUAUACGACCCAUGGCUGUUGCUGCAGUUGCGCAGACCCCCACUGCAACAGUAAUGCCAACUACAGUUAAUACGCAGGAGGCUGUUCAUGAGACAGCACAGCGCCCUACCCAGCAGGUUCAAGCUGUCCAACCACACGUAGAUGUAGUAGAACAAGACAACAUUGUGCAAGUCCAAGGUGUUGCAAGCUUCCAUGAGGAGGCUACUACAAUUACAGUAGAGGUACCUGAUCAGGCAGACAACAUACCAACCAUCCCAAUCCAGCCUCGUAGACAGGAACCUGCUAAACGACAAAGAGAUGACAGUGAGAGCCAAGAACCUGCCACUAAAGAAGAAUCAUCUCCUCAGAUCAAGAGGCCACGAUCUUCACAGGCUGGUGAGGAGGAAACACUACAACUGCAGGUGAUAGUGGGCAGUCCUGAGGCUGCUGAGGAGAUCAAAGAGAGUGAAGCAGAAACACAACAGAUUGAUGAUAGUGAGUUUCCAACCAUUACUGUAACUGAACCAUCUCCUGACAACUACAGUCAGGAUAUUGAUGCAGAUAUAGAGGAAGGAAAAGAAGAUGAUGCUGCACCAGCUGUUGAGGCUGAGCCAACGACAGAGGAAGCUGCAGAAAAGGAGGAAGAGGAAACAUUGGCGGAACAGGGGCAAGAGCCAGUUGCAGCAAGAGAUGAGGAGAAGGAUGAAUCGGAUGAUGACAUUAUAGAAGUAGCAAGUGACUCCGAGGAAGAGGAGGAAGACUUCGAAGUAGAAGUUGAAGGGGAGUAUGAAGAAGAAGAGGAAGAACUUGAAGGAGAGGGGGAGUUCGAAGAGGAACAGGAGGAUGGAGACAAUGAGGAAGAAAACAUUGAAGAUUUUGAGGAGGAAGAGAGUGAAGGCAUGGAAGAGGAAUAUGAUCAGUCUGGUGAGGAGGAGGAUGAUGACAACAUGCAGGAAGAAGCUGGAGCUGGUGAUGCUGAUGAAAGUAGUGAUGACUGUAUAGAAAUACUCAGUGAUGACGAUGAUGAUGGUGCCAUGGAAUCUCAGCCAACUGGUGGUGAACAGCAAUCAGCCCCCACACCUUCAGCACCCCCAAGUACCACUGAGAGUGCGCAGGCUCCUUCACAACAACCUCAACCUGUACCCCCCAGACAGCUUCCAGCGGCACUUAUGCGUGUCCCCGUACGCACAGAGCGUCUUCCAUCUGUGGGACGGACUCAAGGCAACACAUUUGCUCAGGCACCAUUUGAAGAAGGGGAUGAUGGAAUUGUACCAAGUACUCCAACAUUGUUUGUGCCAAAGAGAAAUGAUGGGUUCGCAGAAGCAGUGAGUUCUCCACUGAUGCCCCUGGGGAGUAGUAGCUUCACAUUUGGCCGUGAGUCAUUGAACCUGGCUGCCCAAACAGACAUGGCUCAGCUGGUAUCUCAAGGAGGUAUGGAUGAUACACGAAUAGACUUGACUCAGUUGGAAGAUGGCACUGGUCGCAGUGUCCCUAGUACCCCACUCAAUGUCUCAGCCCCUAUCACCCCUGAACCAUCUGCAGAGGGGGGCAACCAGCAGGUGGAGCAGCCCAGUGGAUCAGCCUCUACAGAACAGGUUGAACAAAGUGGAGAUGUUGUACCUGACACUGAACAACAAGCAAGAGAUGAUCAGCUCAGAGAGGAUGAUUUAUUACAGGAAGAUCAAAGUCAAGAUGGAACUAGAGAAACAGGUGAGGCAUCAGCAACUGGAGAUAAUGAUCAAUCCCCACCUGAUGGUGAUGAUGACAACACUGAUUCACAAGGCUCCAGGAAGAAGAUUGAGCCAAUAGUCUGGGAUAGUCCACCUGCCCCAACCACACAGGCUAUCCCCUCCCUUCUGACAAUGCAGCCUCAGCAACCCAGACGAGGUAUCCCCACUCGAGCCACUCCUCCCCAGAGAGGUGGCCCACCCAGGGGAGGCAUGAUGCACAGAGGGCGUGGAGGGGCUACCCCGGGUGGCCCCCCUCAGGCACGUAGAGGUAACUUCCGAGGCACUCCCACCAGGGGAGGCCCUAACAGAGGAGGACGAGGUGGUGGCAUGCGAGGAGGACGUGGAAUUAUUCGCCAGCCUCCCCAGUACUGAUUGCAAUAGCUCACAUUCCUAGCAGGUGGCUCAUUUGUCCUGACAAUGGAGAAUAAUGUACAUGUAUAUUGAAAGCCUAAAUUGACAUUGGAUACUGCACUAGAGGGAGAUAUUUGCCAUUGAAGUGAAGCCAAUAUAUGAAUAUUGGAACUGUCAAUAGAGAAAUCAUGUGAGCAAAAAUAUUAACUUGUAAAACAAGAAAUAUGGAAAGACGAUAGUCUUCCUGAGAUUGACAUCAUAAAGUUAACGCUUUUACCCUGAUCUAAAUAGUGACUGCUACAAAAUCAUGAUGUUUACCGGAAUUAUGAAUCCGUUGAAAUAAGUUGUAUACAAAAUGACAACUUCAGUGUUCCUGGUUCAGAAAACAUGAAUGUAACUGGUUCCCAUGUCAGUUAUUGUAUUAUUUUUAUAUUGUGAAGAUCUAUUUAAAUGAAGAAUAAAGUAUAUGUGCUGUAUCGUACAAUGAAUAGAAACCAAUUGAUCUGUUGUUAGAUAAUGUUGGCUGGCAAUGACUCAAUUCAAGUGUUGAGAUGUAUAAGAUUCACAACUAUUAUGAGAACUCAUGUAUACAUAAAAAAGUGAACACUGCAAUUUUUAAACCAGUGUUAAAUGUUAUCAAUAUUCAGGAUUAGAGUUUUGAGCUAUAAUCUCUAUCUGUCUAUUAAAAAUAUUAAGCCCAUCAGGAUUCUUGGGGGAUUUAAGAUGAGGAUUUUAAGAAUUAAAUGGGCAAAACAGAUUCAAGAUAACUCAUGAUAAUUCCUGCAACUUUAAUGUGAUUUAUCUAACUUCAAUAUUUCAUGAGCUAUCUCAAAGAACUUUCCCAACAAUUAAUUUUAUGUGACAGAUAUUCACUCUCUUUUGCCACUGUACAAAAUCUCUUUUGAAUACUGUUGAAAUAUCUAGAUCAAAGCUGGUGUUGAUUUUUUCCUCUCGUGUUUGUCUUCAUACUUAAUGAGUGGAAAUUCAAGUGCUUGAUGGGUUGACAGUUUUAACUAGGAGAUGAACAUACACAUUCAGUAUGUUUAUUUUUUGAUUUGAAAAGCUUUGUGAAAUUGAUCCACAAUCUAUCUGUGUUUCAAAAUGCAAAAGGAAAUUGUUUGAAUUGCACUCUGUCUUUGACACUUUAAGGUUGUGAAUUAUGAUACAAGUAGUAAAAAUCAAUAACUCAGAUGUGAGUAGGUAGUUACCAGUUUCACCACCAGGUGGCUCAUUCGGGUCAGAUAGCAUGGUGAUAUAGAAGAAAAUUCCCUUUAACUUCAAUAUUCAUCAGUUUUAGUGGUUCAAUUUUCAU